AUGGCGCAUCAUACACAUCCCGACCAUGAGCUGGAACAGCGCAACCGAUUACCGACACUGAUGGAAGUGCUGGGUAGAAGGACGCUGGCACCAGUGGAUCUGUUUUCGUUCUACAUAUACAUGCGCGACCAACAGCGCUCCGUGGACUACCUGGACUUCUGGCUGGACGUUUCCCAACACAUGUCCCUCUGCCGGCAUUACGUACGAGAAUUGCGACGGUCCAUGCUUGUCGAUACCCCCGAGAUGGAGAAGGCUACGAGUAAAAGGUCUUCGACAAUGUUCGAAGGAUUCGAUCUGGGCGAAGGGAUCGACCCUAGAAAGAGUGGACAGGAGUCCAGAGUUUCGGCAUUUCUGAGAUCAGACAAUGGCACGGCUCGCAAGCCUGGUAGCAGAGAAGGAGGCAUUGACAAUUCUCCCUCACACAGCUUGGGGUCUGCGCAUUCUCGAAAUUUCAGUCGCCCGUCAGCGGAUAGACCGUCGCCGUCGGAACAGCUCCCACAACCAAGCUAUUCGACGCCUGAAGUGCGCACUGAUUCCAACUCACCUGGUCACAGUGUUGCUAGAGCCGACAUCAAGGCCAGCGCCGAGAAAAUUCUCUACACAUUUAUUCUACCAGGCUCGGAGCGCGAGAUCGUGUUGCCAGACAGCAUGGUGAACAGAAUCAUCCGCGCGAUCGAGGAGGAUGGACGCGACGACCCUGAAGUCUUCGACGAUGCAAAGGACUACGUCUUCCAGGCCAUGGAGAGAGACGCCUUUCCCGGGUUUUUGCAGGCCAAAGCGCUGGGAAAUCUCGUUCCUCUGAGUGUUCUGAUCAGGCUGGUUAUCGGCCUUUUGAGUCUCAUGGCCGGCUUCUGGGGUGGAUAUUACAUGAUUCUGAGGGAUGCUUCGAGAAGCACCAGAUGUUGGGUCAUUCUCCCUUUCACCAUUGGCACCUACUGCCUGGUGUCAUACCAGUAUAAACUGGACAUCAUUGCCGCCUAUCUCGGCUUCAGCGAGUACACUUGGAUGAACUGGUCACGAGUGCGGGAGCCCUUUGUUCGCCGGCUGCUGCUGACCCGUGCAACCAUGGCGCUCCUCAUGUUCAUUGCCACGGCGGUUGCACUAAGCAUAUUGUUCAUCUUCGUCCCGGGCACGAGGUUCUGA